AUAGCCCCCAAACCCCAGUUGCACCAGGCCUUGAGGGCCCCUUUGUCACUGGAUCUGAUAAGAAACCCCACCCCGGCAGCCCCCUCCCCUCACCUGACCAAUGGCCACAGGCUGGCUGGGCCCAGCUCCCUGGAUAUAAGGAGACCUGGGGGCUGAGCACUACCAAGGCCAGUCCUGAGCAGGCCCAACUCCAGUGCAGCCGCCCACCCUGCCGCCAUGUCUCUGACCAAGACUGAGAGGACCCUCAUUGUGUCCAUGUGGGCCAAGAUCUCCACGCAGGCCGACACCAUCGGCACCGAGACUCUGGAGAGGCAGCUCCUGUCCCACUGCCUGCUGGUCACCCUGGCCGCGCGCUUCCCCGCCGACUUCACGGCCGAGGCCCACGCCGCCUGGGACAAGUUCCUAGCGGUCGUAUCCUCUGUCCUGACCGAGAAGUACCGCUGAGCACCGCCUCCGGGACCCCCAGGACAGGCUGCGGCCCCUCCCCUCCAGGUUCCCCAGCCCCACUUACCGCGUAAUGUGCCAAUAAACCAACGAACGAA